CAAUAAGAAUUAAAAACAAAUGAAAUUUGAAUAAAGCUAUAAAAGGAAAGAGACUGAGCCAAAGAAGAAUGGGGAUGUUUUGUUAUGAAACUCUAAAAUUUUAGACAAUUAUCACACAUCAAAAUUAGUCAUCGCAUUUUUGUUGAUUAGUGCGCGCUUAAUCCGUUAAUAUUAUUUUGAAUAGAUGGAAUAGAUGGAAUAAUUGAUUAUCAGGGUGUUUUUAAUUAUAAAUACUCUGUUAAAUAUCUGAAAUAAUUAAUUUAGAUCAAAAAAAAAAAUAAAAAAUGGCGUAUGAAAAAGGAAAUCGCAUUCAAUACUAUCCAAAUUCCAGCAACCACCAACACACAAAAGUUGCAGUUAUUCAAGAAGUAAAACCGAAUCAAAUUUAUUCUAUUCUUCCAAAUGGCGAAUCUGAACGGAUUGGUAUUUUGAAUUUUUUAAAAUAUACGUAUAUAAUUUUUUGGAACUUUUUUAUGACCCAUAUGUAUUUGCUUUUUUAGACAUUCACGAGAAUC